AUGUCUGGUUUUGACGAUCCUGGAGUGUACUACAGUGACAACUUCGGCGGAGGAGAUGGACCGGGUGUGGAUGAAGGCGGACAAAAAAGGAUCCACAUCAAAAAGCGCUUUCGAGAGUUUCUCAGACAGUUCAGGGUUGGGACGGACCGAACUGGAUUCACAUACAAAUACAGAGAUGAGCUGAAGCGCCACUACACUCUGGGGGAGUUUUGGGUAGAGGUGGAGAUGGAGGACUUGGCCAGUUUUGACGAAGAUCUGUCAGACUGUCUCUACAAACUGCCCACUGAGAACCUGCCUCUGCUUGAGGAGGCCGCAAAAGAGGUGGCAGAUGAAGUUACCCGCCCUCGUCCUGUGGGAGAGGAGACUGUAGAGGACAUCCAGGUCAUGCUCAAGAGUGACGCCCACCACGCAUCCAUUCGGAACCUCAAGUCUGAGCAGGUGUCCCGUCUGGUGAAAGUCCACGGCAUUAUCAUAUCUGCCACACCAGUGAAGGCCAAGGCCACUAAAGUGUGUCUGCAGUGUCGAGGCUGCCGUGGUGUGCUCAGUAAUAUCCCCCUGCCCCCGGGUCUGCAGGGAUACGCUCUACCCCGCAAGUGCAACACGGAAAACGUGGGCAGAGUAAAGUGCCCUAUGGACCCAUACUUCAUCAUUCCAGACCGAUGCGUCUGCGUUGACUUCCAGACUCUACGACUACAAGAGUCUCCAGACGCUGUUCCCCACGGAGAGAUGCCCAGACAUCUGCAGCUCUACUGUGACAGGUACCUGUGUGAUAAAGUGGUACCAGGAAACAGAGUGACCAUUCUAGGAAUCUACUCUAUCAAGAGAAUGGCUGCUGCUAAGGGCAAAGGCAAAGAGAAGGCGGCGGGGGUGGGCAUCCGGGCUUCUUACUUGAGGGUGGUCGGCAUCCAGGUGGACACUGAGGGCACAGGCCGUGGUGCGACUGGCUCAGUGUCGCCGCAGGAGGAGGAGGAGCUCAGGGCACUGGCCGGUACCCCUGACGUAUACAGUGCUCUGGCUCGCUCUUUGGCUCCCUCAAUCUAUGGUAGUGAGGAUCUGAAGAAGGCCAUUACGUGCCUGCUGUUUGGAGGCUCCAGGAAAAGACUUCCAGACGGACUGACUCGCAGAGGAGAUAUUAACCUGCUGAUGUUGGGAGAUCCCGGAACAGCCAAAUCCCAGCUGCUAAAGUUUGUGGAAAGAUGUUCUCCCAUUGGGGUGUACACCUCUGGUAAAGGCAGCAGUGCAGCCGGUCUGACUGCCUCUGUCCUCAGGGAUCCAAACACUAGAGGCUUCAUCAUGGAGGGAGGGGCCAUGGUGCUGGCGGAUGGAGGAGUGGUCUGCAUCGAUGAGUUUGACAAGAUGAGAGAAGAUGAUAGGGUAGCUAUCCAUGAAGCCAUGGAGCAACAGACCAUCUCAAUUGCCAAGGCCGGCAUCACUACCACUUUGAACUCUCGCUGCUCUGUGCUUGCUGCUGCUAACUCGGUCUUUGGACGAUGGGAUGACACCAAAGGAGAGGACAACAUUGACUUUAUGCCCACCAUCUUGUCUCGAUUUGACAUGAUCUUCAUCAUCAAAGAUCAUCAUGACCAACAAAGAGACAUGACCCUGGCUCGUCAUGUGAUGAACGUCCACCUGAGUGCUCUGACACAGACAGAGGGAGUGGAGGGAGAGGUCCCACUGGCCACGUUUAAGAAGUACAUCGCUUAUGCCAGAGUAAAAUGUGGCCCUCGGCUUUCUGCUGCUGCGGCAGAGAAGUUGAAGAAUCGUUAUAUUGUGAUGAGGAGUGGAGCAAGAGAACAUGAACGAGAGAGUGACAAAAAACCCUCAAUCCCAAUCACUGUUCGGCAGCUGGAGGCUGUUGUCCGGAUCGCAGAGUCCCUCGCCAAGAUGAAGCUGCAGGCGGUGGCCGGAGAAGAGGAGGUGGACGAGGCCUUAAGACUGUUCCAAGUCUCCACUCUGGAUGCUGCUCUGUCAGGGAGCCUCUCUGGUGUGGAGGGCUUCACUAGUCAGGAAGACCAGGAGAUGUUGUCUCGUAUAGAGAAGCAGCUCAAGAGACGUUUUGCUAUUGGCUCGCAGGUUUCUGAGCACAGCAUUGUACAGGACUUUACCAAACAGAAAUAUCCAGAGCACGCCAUCUAUAAAGUGUUGCACCUGAUGCUGAGGAGAGGAGAGAUGCAGCACCGUAUGCAGAGGAAGGUGCUCUACAGAGUCAAGUAG